GUAUUGCUUGUUUUCUAAUAUUGGUUACAGCAUUUGUAUUCAAAAGAGGUGUCGGUACCAUUUUCAACAUUGUUUUGUUUCCCUUCUUCUUGUUAAAACACUGUAUAACUUCUUCAUGCAGGAAGAAUAGUUUUUAUCCAGUGCAGCACAUGCUCAUUUUUAUCUAUGGUACUGAUUCUAUGUGUUGCACACAAUCAUAUUUUAUUGGAAAUUAAAUGAAACUAUUUGGUGAGUGUUAAGAAGUAAAUACGGGGACUUUCAAAAAUGGACAGCAAAAUUGGAGUCACUGGACAGCCAUUGUCAGAUGGAGGAAGUACUUGAUAGAUCUAUACAAUGUGUUUACAGCAGUUGUGUUGAUUGCAUGAUGUGAUCAGGGCUAUGGUAUAUGAUAUUAAAAUUAUUCAGACAGGGCCUGUUUUAGUAUGAAGAUUUCAUAUUACUGGUGGUUGAAAGGGUUCUACCAGUCAUUUAAGGAUCAGACUUGGAGCAAUAGGAAGCCAGCUUUAACAAGCACUUGUAAUAAGAACAAGUGUUUGUUUGAAGAACUUUUUUGUAUGGUCAUUUCUUGUUUGAAAGAGGUCUACCACACCGUUGUCAAAAUUACAUUUGCUGUGUAUAUCAUAGUAUGUGUAAUUUUGUGCGUGAAAAAUAAAUUUUGAUCACGCACAUGCUCAUUUUUUCUAUUACAUGAGGGUUCUUCCGUUCCGGAUUUCUGACAUCUUUGUUCUUCGUGAGGUAUUCUCAAAUGGUAUCUUGGACCUCUUAAGAUCCUUGGCACGUUGGAUUGUAUGAUAUAUAUAUACAAAUAGUACUUUACGAUAUAUAGGUAGGAAUGGUAUGUCCACCUAUUCCAAGGGAGCAUCAUAUGUACGUAUGCUUCCUCCAAUAUAGUACGUACAUACUUUCGAUACAGUACGUACAUAUCCGUUGCAGGUACUGAGUCUGCUUGUUGUACUCAGUCAUAUUUUAUUGGGGUUUAGUAGCUAAAUGAAAAUAUUGAAAAGUGUUGAGUACUAAAUAAGGCAAAUUUCAAACAGGAAUAGCAAAAUUGGAGUCAGCAGAUGGUCAUAGUGGAAAAGAGGAAGUACCUGGACUAAAGAAUCCAAUUUAUGAUUUUUGAUGAUAUGUAGUACUAUUGGUACAAAUACAAGGAACUGGUGUCUUAUCAUCCUCCAUUUUCAUCAGGUUAUGAGUCAUCAUUUUGCAAGCCAUUUUCAGUAGCAUUAACACACUUUGCUAGUUUCCAUUUGUUACCAAAAAGGCCCAAGCAAUGUCCAAGAAUCUGUUAGUGGGAAAGGGUUUUCUCUCUUCUUCACAAGAACACAUAUUGCAAUGUGGAUUUAGGUUCUGGAUUGCUGAUUUCUCUGUGCACUAAAAAUUCAAAAUCUCAUCAUUGACAAAACAACCAUCAGCACAGGGAACUGUCUCCCCUCCAGUUCAACACCUCAACCUCCAUAAAAGACACAAAUUAUACACAGGAUCUAGAAGUUGCAGAUCAAUUGGUGACUGAGUGGUUGUUUAGAACAAACAGUACUGUAAAACUCCAUUCCAUCCUUCAAACACUAUCCUCCCCUCCAGAGCUGAUACAACCAGAGUCCCAAACCUCUUUGUUACUAUAUUAAACUUGCAACAAUCCAGAAGUUUUGGAUCAAUUGACUGAGUGGUUUAGAAGAAAAAACAAUAGCAACAACAACAGGCUGUAUCCAACAAGGGAAGAUUUUAUGAUACUUUCUGUUUUUAGAGAAUCGGGUCAACGGCCUUGCGAUGCGAAGCAUUUUUCAUUUUUCUGAUUUCAAUACCUAAUCCUCUUCAAUCCGAAGACCAAAAUGCAAAAUGAGCAAAAAUCUCAGCAACUAUCACGGAACGCUGGAGCUGCGAGACCAAGAUGAUACUGAUUCCAAAAAUGAUGAGGUUGAUGGCAACAGUUGCGUCAUUUUCGCCGUCGCAUCCCCUUUUUUUCUCAAGAAGGUCGUUGUCUAGUAGGAAUAUUUGUUGUUUUUAUUCAAACAACAGCGGUCGGGGCGGCGAAGACAGAAUUUUCAGCGAAGAUGAUUUCAAACAGAGGUCAGGGGAAGAACCAUGCAUUUAUUAUCCGAGUUCCCAUUCGUUCCACAACAACCGCCUCAAAUAUCGUUUGCGCAAUGACUUGCAUCUUACAGGAGUAGUUUCGGGACAGUAUAGUGAUACGGAUCAUGUUGAAAUGCUCGGGUUGCUCGGGUUUGAUUUCCUCUGGGCUGAUGCAGAACACUCUAGUGCUAGCCCAGACCACAUUGCUAGAAUGAUUCUUGCCGCUGAACGAAGAGGGCUGCCAACUAUUGUGAGAAUUGGUUACGGAUAUCAAAAUAUAAUCGGACACAUUCAGAAAUAUCUGGUAGCAGGGGCGCAGGGGAUUUUACUUCCCCAGUGCGAAUCAGGGGAGGAUGUUGAACGAAUCAUCCAGGCUGUCAAAUUCCCCCCACUUGGUCAAAGGGGUCUAGCCGGGGAGCGUUGGAACGCCUGGGGCCUUGCGACGACUUCCGGUAUUUGUAAUCCAACCUCCUCAAAUAAUGUGCCUCUCUCAGAAUGUAUCGAAGUAGCAAAUAAAAACAGCAUCGUUGGUGUUUUGAUUGAAAAUCAAAAAGGUUUGGAUGCUCUUGAUGAGAUCAUGGCAGUACCGGAGUUAGAUAUGAUCUUUUUCGCACCAACAGAUUUAAGUGCCAAUAUGGGGCUGCAUGGACAAAUUCGUCAUCCUGACGUUCUGAGCAAGAUAGAGGAGGCAGGUCAAAAAGUCAAACGUUUCAAUGAAGAACAAGGUGAUAAUAGAGGUACCAUUGCUGUGGGAACCCUCGCUUUGAAUGCUAACGAUUAUGCGUAUUGGCGAGAACGAGAUUUCACAGUUCUUUGUGGUGUAGCACAGUGUAUGUUUGUGGACGGAGCAAAGGGUCUCUUAGACAAGAUCCAGGAUUACGAGCAGUCGCGCAAAGAAUAAAUCUUUGCUCCCUCGUUUUACACAUAAUUUAAUUGUA